AUGGUACAGAGGGCGAAACAGCUUCCGGGGACGGGUGAUGAUUGGAAGGUAGAUACGAAGAACAGGACUUACAGACCCGGUGGCUACGGCUACAACUUGGCACUGGCAUGCGUCCGGCUGAGCAGCCGCCGGCCCCUGACAGACCAGACCACAAACGACGGGACUAUUUCCAUCCAAAGUCUCGACCCCAAGCUCAAGGUACGCAUGACGCCUUUGGAGCCCGUCGAGUCAGCGAUACAGAUGGCCAACGCCGCCGGUGUGGGUGUCGCGCUCAAGCUGGGCCUCCAAGUCCAGCGAUCCCGGGGGACAUCACCGACGCGCUCUACCAGGUUGACCACCUCCAUCAUGAGCGCAGUGACCGCCGAGGGCAUGCGCACGCACAUGGGGCGAGAAGCCCGCCGGCGGCGGCCAACACACGCCUGGCUCCAGCACAUGUUGGACUGCGAGGCCUUGGCGAGCAAGGGCUCGCGUCGUCGUCACCAAGAGCGGCCGGGGCGUCGUGGCGCUCGCUAG